UCGGUCGCCUCCGCCCGCGCCGCCCGCGCCCCCAGCGCGCCGCUGAGCCCGCGCCGGGCCGCGCCGGCCUCUUCCCAUGCGGGCGGCGCGGGCCCUGGGAGGGGCGCCCGCAGCCAGCCGCGCAGCAUGCACUGGGGGGUUGGCUUUGCCUCGUCCAGGCCGUGCGUGGUGGAUCUGAGCUGGAACCAGAGCGUCUCCUUCUUCGGCUGGUGGGCCGGGUCCGAGGAGCCCUUCUCCUUUUAUGGGGACAUCAUCGCUUUCCCUUUGCAGGAUUACGGUGGGAUCAUGGCAGGGCUGGGCUCCGAUCCCUGGUGGAAGAAAACACUUUACUUGACCGGGGGAGCUUUGCUGGCCGCAGCUGCGUAUCUGCUCCACGAACUCCUGGUCAUUAGGAAACAGCAAGAGAUUGACUCCAAAGAUGCUAUUAUUUUGCAUCAGUUUGCAAGACCUAACAAUGGUGUCCCCAGUUUGUCUCCUUUCUGUUUGAAAAUGGAAACUUACUUAAGGAUGGCUGACUUACCCUAUCAGCUGCUUUUAGUUAGUGUGUCUGGAGCAGCGGGCACACAUCUCACCAUGAAGCCUGAAGCUGUUACAGAGGCCUUCGAGGAGAAUUAUUUUGGUGGAAAACUCUCUGCUCAAGGGAAAAUGCCUUGGAUUGAAUAUAAUCAUGAGAAAGUUUCUGGCACAGAAUUCAUAAUUGACUUUCUGGAAGAGAAACUUGGAGUGAAUUUAAACAAAAACCUUGGCCCUCAUGAAAGAGCCAUCUCCAGAGCAGUGACCAAGAUGGUGGAGGAGCACUUCUACUGGACGUUAGCUUAUUGCCAGUGGGUGGACAAUCUCAAUGAGACCCGGAAGAUGCUCUCUCUUAGUGGUGGCGGUCCCUUCAGUAACCUGCUGAGGUGGGUCGUGUGCCACAUAACGAAAGGAAUUGUGAAGCGCGAGAUGCACGGCCACGGCAUUGGCCGCUUCUCGGAGGAGGAGAUUUACAUGCUGAUGGAGAAGGACAUGCGGUCCUUGGCAGGGCUCUUGGGUGAUAAGAAGUACAUCAUGGGGCCCAAGCUUUCUACUCUCGAUGCCACUGUCUUUGGACACUUGGCACAGGCAAUGUGGACCUUACCUGGGACAAGACCUGAGCGGCUGAUCAAAGGUGAGCUCAUCAACCUUGCCAUGUACUGUGAGAGGAUAAGGAGGAAAUUCUGGCCUGAGUGGCACCAUGAUGAUGACAACACCAUCUAUGAGUCUGAGGAGAGCAGCGAAGGGAGCAAAACCCACACGCCCCUGCUGGAUUUCAGCUUUUACUCAAGGACAGAGACCUUUGAAGAUGAGGGAGCAGAGAACAGUUUUUCCAGAACCCCAGACACGGAUUUCACCGGACACUCGCUCUUUGAUUCUGACGUGGACAUGGAGGACUACACAGACCACGAACAGUGCAAGUGACGUUCAGCCUUGCUGACCCUCUUCUGCCGGAGCGGCCACUCCCUGGGGUUGGUCCGAUUUCCCAGGUGGAAAUCCAUCUGAGCUGGGAGGAGAUCUUCGUGCUCGACACAGUUCUCACGAGCUAACUGGACGAUAGCAGCCUUAUUUCUUUUUGUACAAACGAGACACAGAACCAUUCGGAUGGCUCCAUUUAAAACAAACAGGCAAAAAGGAAAAAAAAAAAAAAGUCAGCAUGGUUCCUGAAAUCCAUUUUUGUUUUCAUUAGAAAACUAACACUGUGUGGCAGAGCAGGGGCAAGAGCAGAUUGUCUGCGGAUUGUGUCUAUGUAGAUCGUCUUCAACCCGAGGGCUUAUUUGUGAGCCGGAUUCUCGAACGUCCUUCACCCACCGGGGUUCCAAGUAAUGAGAGAAAUCAUCGGGGGAAAUGUCCAGGAGACAAAUAUCCUAUGGUGGCUGCUUGUAUUUUAUGUGUGUAUAUUGUAUGUUGAGAUAAUUCAAAUAAAAAUCCAUAGAUAUUCAGUGAACACCUACUAUGUGCAAAGCACUGUGCUAGGUGCUAAUCAGUAUAAGAUUUAUUCUCAGUCCUGCCAGUGACUAGCUGUGUGAUUUCGGGCGAGUCCCUUAAUUCUUGUGUGCCUCAUUCCCCCACCUGUAAGGUGGGGAUAACGAUACUCUCCACCUACCUACCUCACAGGGGUGUUGUGAGGAUUCAUGUGGUAGCACCUCUUGGAAGAGGUGUGACAUAAACACAACAUUUUAUUCUUUAUUGUGCUUCCUGCGUAUGAACAUUUGAGGGCAGAGGAAUUCCAUAUCCAGCCAACAGCAGCCACAGUCACUCGCCAAAGCCGAGCAGACGAAACACACGCAAAGGCGCAGUUAGGAUUCUGUCACCAUUCUUCUUUGUGAUCUUGCCUGAAUGGAAAUCUUUUGCUGAAAGACCGUUGAAAAUGCUUUCACAGAGCAUCGACAGCUACACACAGUCUUCAGUUCUGUGUAUUUGCAGACGUCUUUCUUCCGUUGCCUGACCGCACGCUGGAAUGUUGUCCUUUGUAGACUCCCGAGUGUUAAGUUGCCUGUGUUUGAUUUAUUUGAAGGGAAUAAAGCUCAGGAAUAUGA